AUGCCUCUUUCAUCAAGCCAUUGGGAUACCGAACAUUCUCUCAUCGCCCUGAUCGACCAGACAACCCAAGACCCUACUAGAAAGCACCAACGUGUUCAAGCAAUCAAACAAAUACUUGCAUACCAACACCAGUUCCAGAUACAAAACAUGUCUCCACCACAUCAACCUUUCCUUCCAUCUCUCAUCACCCCAACACAAGUCGACAUGCUUCAUAGGGAUAACCCUUACGCUGGCAGUGGCCAGAGCAGAGCAUCUUCGGCUCAUUCUACUCGUGCUACUGUUGGUCAACACACUACGACUUACUCCAACAUGUCAUCAGUCCCCACCGCCAGCUGCAAUGCCGGCGCUGAACAAAACCGACUUCCUUCCUAUGUUUCUGAUCCCAGUACCAGCGAAUUGGUCUCGCCAAUCUUUCCUUCCAACGCCAAUAUCAGCCAGACCAUGCCACCUCCACGCCCUGAUCUCGAACACAUGAUUGUAUCUGUCAACCGCCAGAAGCGUGCGAGCGAUGACAUGCAGUGGACCACUCAGUUCCCCCUGGAGAACCUUAGAAACUCGACCAUGUCCAACGAUGCCUUCUCCAUCAGUCAACUCUCGUACAGUCGUCUAGUUGGCGAGAUCUCGGACAAUCUUCGCAGCCAAGUCGAGGAAGAAGGUCUGUCUAUCGUCUGGGUCAUGUCAGCUAUCGAGCAAUUGGGUGUUGUUCGCGACAAUGGCUCCCUCAGAGCAGCCGUGCUGGACCACCAGAACACUGAAAAGCACACAAUUCAGCUGUACGUGGUCAGAGAGAAGUUCAUCAACUCCAAAACCUUCAUUCUGCCAAAGGUUGCGUCCCCCUCCACCAACAUUCUCAGCCCGGAGGUGAAUCAGCAAGACAAUACUCCCAGGCAGACCUCUGCUGCUACUUUUGGCAGAGCAUCCAGUUCAUAA